CCAAUUUAUUAAAAGCCUUCAAUGAUCCAGAAAAUCCAGAAAAUUCCAAACCCACGAUUCGCCAUGAGAAGAGCUUCAGCUCUCGCCUCCUCCGCUCUCUCCCGAACUCUCCUCUCUGCCCAAGACGGCGCCACCACCACUGCCGUCAUCCAACACCGGAUUUUCCAGGCGGCUCUAUACGGAACCACCACCAGCGCCGCUGCUCAAUCCACUCGCCAGAGGUGGUACUCUACGGCUCUCUAUUCUCUCUCCGGCGGUUCAGCUAAAACCGUGUCUCUUUCCAUCGCCGGAGCUCUGUUCUCCGUUGCCGCCGCCACCUCGCUUUCCGAAGAGGUGUUAGCCAAGGAGCCACCGUCCCCGGAUCUUGUCCCUAAGGACGUUGUUCUUUAUCAGUACGAAGCUUGCCCUUUCUGCAAUAAGGUCAAAGCUUUCUUGGACUAUUAUGAUAUACCAUACAAAGUUGUGGAGGUCAAUCCGCUCAGUAAAAGAGAGAUCAAAUGGUCUGAUUACAAGAAGGUGCCUAUACUGAUGGUGAAUGAUGAGCAGCUAGUGGAUUCAUCAGCUAUAAUUGACAAGAUGAGCGACAAGAUUCUUCCAAAAAAAUCUGCUGAUUCAGCCUCUGAUGAUGAAGAGAGAAAGUGGCGGCAGUGGGUUGAUAAUCACUUGGUUCAUGUAUUAUCACCAAACAUAUACCGAAGUACUUCAGAGGCUCUUGAGUCCUUUGACUAUAUCACUAGCAAUGGUAAUUUUAGCUUCACAGAAAAAUUAACUGUGAAGUAUGCUGGAGCUGCAGCUAUGUAUUUUGUGUCCAAGAAAUUGAAGAAGAGACAUAAUAUUACUGAUGAACGUGCAGCAUUGUAUGAAGCUGCAGAAACAUGGGUUGAUGGUCUCAAUGGCAGGGAGUUUCUUGGUGGCUCCAAACCUAAUUUAGCUGACCUUGCUGUCUUUGGGGUGUUGAGACCCAUCCGUUACCUGAGGUCUGGUAGAGAUAUGGUGGAAAACACUCGUAUUGGUGAAUGGUACACAAGAAUGGAGAAUGCUGUGGGGGAGUCAUCAAGGAUUAAAGCCUAGACCAGAAAUCAUGUUGAAUUGGCAAGUAUGCACUCUGCUUCAACCACAAGUUUGCUGGUUUUGUUGCCAAACUAAGUACAUUCUUUAUAGAAGGAAAGAACAAAAUUUUUUGGAAGAGACAGUUGUGGCACUUUUCCCUUUAAAAGAUUUUUCAAAGUGGUAAUGGGUGAUUUAAUAUUAUGCAAAAUUUUGCUAUUGCAAUUCAUUGAUCAGAGUCAGAGGUUAAAAUCAUUAUUAUAAAUUUUGGUGGAAAUACUGAUCAAUAGGACAGAAUAAAUAUGUAGCGAAUUGUGAACCUCAAAAUUGAGGAAUGUGCUAUUAUGAUUUCUAAAAAAUAAUAAGCAUAUUUUUUAGA